GUGAGAUAGCGAGUCCUUCGAUCAAGUAGGCGGUGGUGCUGGAAAAUCAGGAUCACCAUGGCGACGCUGCUGAGAAACGUUACCAACAGCAUCUGCCAUGCGUUCAAUGCUUUGCAGCAGAACCGGGAUGGAUUCGUCAGCAAGUCCAAGCUGAAGGUGCUGACGGCGAACAUCGCGACGCUGCUGGAUCUGUACGGUGUGGAGCGCGGAUUGGAUCACUUCCGUUCGACGGCGACCCUUAACUUCGAGCACUUCCGGUACUAUCUGGCGCAGGAAGUGUUCGCCGGCGUGUCGAACGAUCUGCCCCUGGCGGCGUUACGGAAUUACGAAACCAAAAUCGAUGAGGUUUGCUGGUUGGUGUGCCGGAUGCAUUUCCCGGGAAACGAUGGUUACUAUACGGAGGAAGCCGUGUAUCGGUUGUUCCGGAUUUUCUGUCUCGUCGCUGACCUAUCGGUGGAUGCGUCCGAUCCGGAUCUUUGUGCCGUGAAAAUUCACCCGCUGGAGGCGCUCAUCAUCAUCAAGCACCUGUUGAAUGCGCUCGGGUUGAAUUACGACGGUGAUGGUCACUUCGAUUAUCUGCGCACGUCGGACGAAUCGCUCGAGUUUGGUGAGCUGCUGCAGAUGUUGCGCUUCCAGAAUGCGGACAAGGUAAACGGGGACUACCGGGAGUCGAUCUGUGAAGCGAUCGGGGACAUGUACCAGACGCUGAUCGAGGACGUGAUCAAGAAGGGUACGCUCUUCCGGCGUGGGUACGUGUUGCCGACGUUCCGGGAGUAUUUCUUCGUGUUGCGGCCUUGCGAGCUGGCGUAUUAUAAGCAUCCGACCGAUCGGGAAGUGUGUGGCACGAUCGCACUUGAUUCACGGUUCCUUGUGAAACCCGUGGGUAGUCCUGGUUCGGGACGUCCUGAGAAAAUGCAACGGUUUACGCUAGUUUCCGGCGAUCGGACGUACGAGCUGGGAACGUUGGAUCACAAGACGCGUCUGCAGUGGAUCGCAGCGCUUCAGCUGGCCAUCACGUACUCUACCGGACGGGAGGGUUUCCAGCGGGACACGGUCAACCGGCGAAGGAAAGCCCGAGAAGCCGAGCAGCGACGUCGGCAUGAAGAGGAGGCUCAGCGCAGCCAACAUCUACGCCGGUUGGAGGAGACACACGUGCAGCUUGAGCGUGAGAAGCAAGCGCGAUUGGCGGCGGAAUCCCAAGCUCGUCAGUAUGAAGCCGUUGCUCGGGAGGAUUCACGGCGUGUUGCUGAACUCGAGGAUGUAAAGCUUUGCCUUGAGAAGAUGCUCGAGGAUGAGAUCCAAGCGAAGCGAGAUGAAGAGAUCGUCCGAGCUUUGCAGGCGCGUGUCCUUGCGGAGGAAUGGGAAAAGCGUGAGGAGCUCGAGCAGUUGCAGGCGGAGCAGAAGAGCCUGCUUGAGCAGGAACGUCAGAAGCGCGUGGAGUUUGAGCAGCGCCAGCAGCAUAACGAUCAGAAGCUACUCGAGGCUGAAACGCGGCUACGUCAGCUCGAAAACGAACGUACACGGCUGGACCGCGAGUUGAAGUUGGCCCGGCAGAAGAUCCAGCUGUCGGAGGACAACAAGGGCAUCGUGGAGGCAAAGCUGCAGGCGAUGUCUCCCACCUUCCGGGCUGGAGCGGGAGAGUUCAUGAUACGCCGGACGCAAUCCUUCGUGGCCGCUGAUCGUCCUGUGCUUGUGGCCGGCACCAACAGAUCAUCCCAUCGGUUCAGCUAGGCCACUAUCCGUGAGGGGUUAAACGAUUAACCUAGCUUUGUUUUUUUUUACGUACCCGCGUGCUUAUCUAUCCAUAGAUACCACAUUCUAGCCAUGUAAGCAACUAACCAUUCCACACAGCGAUAAGUGGAUUAAGAUGUAAUAAAAGCAAA